AUGUCUGCCGACUAUGCGGUUGAGAAGAACGUCGUUGUCGAUGACAGCGGCGUCAACGAGCGCAUGGACAAGGCCGUCCUUCGCGAGGCCGCUGCCGCCGACGAGGCCGAGCACAAGAUGACCAUUGCCCAGGGCUGGAAGUCGCACAGGAAGGCCAUCCUCUGGUCCAUGGCGCUUUCGGCUGCCCUCAUCAUGGAAGGUUACGAUGUCGUCGUCAUCGGUUCCUUCUACGGUCACCCUGCCUUCCUUAAGCGUUUCGGCAAGGUGGACCCCACCAACGUGAACGGUUACUCCAUCCCUUCCGAGUGGCAGUCGGCUCUUUCGAACGGUUCUUCGGCCGGUGGUAUCAUUGGUCUCAUGAUUAACGGUUGGGCUGCCGACCGCUACGGUCCCCGCAUUGUCAUGAUGGUCGCCACUGUCGCCCUUACCGCCUUCAUCUUCCUCUUUGUCUUUGCCAACUCGCUCGGAAUGCUCGUCGCUGCCGAAGUCUGCUGUGGUCUGCCAUGGGGUGUCUUCCAGACCUUGACAACUGCCUACGCCUCGGAGGUGUGCCCUAUUCAGCUCCGUGGCUACCUGACUGCCUACGUCAACGCCUGCUGGGGUAUCGGUAUCCUUCUCUCGUCCGGUGUGGUCAAGGCCAGUCUCACGAUCGAGUCCCAGUGGUCGUGGCGCAUGCCUUUCCUCAUCCAAUGGGUGUGGGUCAUCCCUCUUUUCAUCAUCGUCUACUUUUCGCCCCAGUCCCCCUGGUGGCUCGUUCGCCACGAGCGCCUGGACGAGGCCCAGGCCGCCCUUCGUCGCCUCACCAACCCCGAGGUUGUUUCCGAGGACGACCUCAGGAACACUGUUGCUAUGAUGGUCCACACCAACGAGAUUGAGCGCGCCAUCGAGGAGGGUACCACCUACAUCGAGUGCUUCAAGGGUCUCGACCGCCGCCGUACUGAGAUUUCGAUGAUGGUCUUCGCCAUGCAGCUCCUCUCGGGUCAGAACCUUAUCGGCCAGGGUGUUCAGUUCCUCCAGAAGGCCGGUAUCUCCACCAACCUCUCGUUCUCGCUCAACAUGAUUCUCAACUCCAUGUUCAUCAUCGGUACCAUGGCUUCGUGGGUCCUCAUCACCUGGAUCGGUCGUCGCACCCUGUACUUCUACGGCAUGGGUCUCAUGUCGGUCGUGCUCUUCGUCAUUGGCGGUCUCGGAUGGACCUCGGACCACUCCACCUUUGAGGAGGACGGCACGACCUACAUCUUCAAGGACGGCAAGUUCAUCAGCACCACCUACGCCAUUGGUUCGCUCCUCAUCAUGCUCAACUUUGUGUACAACGCCACCCUCGGCCCCAUCUGCUACACGCUCAUCGGCGAGAUCUCGUCCACUCGUCUGCGCCAGAAGUCGAUCGCCCUCUCGCGUAUUGCCUACCAGGUCAUGAACAUUGUCUGUGGUAUCAUUGUGCCCCGCAUGCUCAACGACUGGAACUGGGGUCCCAAGUCGGGUAUCUUCUGGGGUGUUUCGGCUGGUCUCUGCACUGCCUACAUCUGGCUCCGUCUGCCCGAGACCCGCGGCCGCUCUUACGGUGAGCUCGACCUGCUGUUCGAGCACAAGGUCCCUGCCUGGAAGUUCGCCAAGACCAAGGUCAACCAGUUCGCGGCCGAGACCGACCACAAGGUCGAGAGCUCGCACCACGACCACGUCGACGAGAAGACCGAGCAGAUCUAG